GUAUAAUUCAUGCCUCAAAUAUAUAUGUUUGGCAAGAUGGUGUAAACAUAAAUUUGCAGUUGAAAUAAAGCACUAUUUUAAGAGCGUACUAUGCGCAAUCGGCCUCGGCGCCCGCAGCGAAAGUACGUUGAAUAUGCCGCGGAGCGCGUCUCCGCCCCAAUCCAGUUCGCUCGCAGCGCCUUCGCCGCUAGAAAGGCGCAGGGUAUUUCCCACGCGCAGUGUUACGGAUCCACGAGAGAAGGGAGCCGAGGGAUCCCGGUGAAGGUCGUGGCGUAGUCAGCGAGCUUGCUUGUCUACGCUGCGCGGGGCAGUAGUACGGGUACGGGUUCGUUCACCUCCACUACUUGAGUCGGCGGCAGCGCGAAAGCGAAAGUGGAUCGCGUGGUGAGGCGCCCGCCGCCGCUGGUUCCGCACUUGAGCUUCGGCGGCAGCGUCGUGCGGGAAGAUGUCGUCGGAGCCAGAGCUGCGCUCCAUCGACAGCGACUCGCGAGGCUCCCGAUCUGCAUCGUCGAGCCCGCCGCUCGAGUCUCGCAAGAACGGCUACGACGAGGCUAGUCCGCCGAAGGCGCACGCGUCUCGGAACCUCCUGGACACGUCAUACGCGCCCAAAGUGCUGCGCAAGACGAGCGACUGCCUUAUUAGCCAGGAGCAGCCGACGCACUGCAAUGAGUCCAAAGUACUGGUGCUCUACAGCGGCGGCACCAUCGGAAUGGUUCGCGACUGCGAAGGAGGCGUGCUGCGGCCGAUGCCUCAAGUAUUGGAGAAUAGGCUGCGCACCUUUCCUCAGUUGCACGACGCAGAAUAUUCGAGCACGCACUUUACGGACCCGAAUAAACCACCCUUGGUGCUUCCUUGUACGGGGGAUCCCAAUCGCGUAGUGUACACCAUUUACGAAUAUGACCCACUGCUUGACUCGUCCAAUGCCACUAUGGAUGACUGGGUCCGUAUUGCUCUCGAUAUUCGGGCAUAUUACGAGAAAUUUGAUGGCUUCGUUGUGCUGCAUGGAACCGACACGAUGGCCUACACAGCCUCUGCCCUCUCCUUCAUGCUUGAGAACCUGGGCAAGUCUGUCAUCAUCACGGGUUCACAGAUUCCAAUCUUUGAGCCGAGGAGUGAUGGACGGGAGAACUUGCUCAACUCUCUCAUCAUAGCCGGCAACUACGUCGUUCCAGAGGUCACAUUGAUGUUCAACAACAAGCUCUUCCGUGGCAACCGGACAAGUAAGACCAGCAUCAAUGAGCUCGACGCUUUCUCCUCCCCCAACAUGCCUCCGCUGGCCACCAUUGGGGUCAAGAUCAAAGUGAACUGGAGGGCUGUGUUCCAGCAGAACACCAUGGAAAAGUUUCGUGUGCACUCCAAGCUCAACCGCAACGUUGGCCUACUCCGUCUCUUUCCCAGCAUCACUGUUGAAGUGGUGCGCGCUUUCCUGACGCCUCCGGUGCAGGGAGUUGUUUUGCAGACCUAUGGCGCUGGCAACGGCCCGACCGCACGUGCUGACCUGCUCGAUGAAAUUCGUCGUGCAACUUUGAGAGGCAUCCUGAUCGUCAACUGCUCUCAAUGUACACAGGGUUCCAUUGAUGCUGCUUAUGCGACAGGCAAUGCUCUCUUUACAGCUGGUGUCAUCCCCGGUUCGGACAUGACACCUGAAGCUGCCCUCACCAAGUUGAGCUAUGUGCUGAGCAAGACUGAAUGGUCAUACGCUACCAAAAAGGAGAUGCUUCAGGCCAGUCUGAGGGGUGAGCUAACUGUGGCCAAGCCAAGCAAGCUGGAUGAUUUGGAUCUGAUCACCGCCAUUGCAAGGACGAUGAACAUCUCGUCGCCUGAGGAACUUCAGUCCCUGCAGACGGUGCUGUAUCCCAGCAUCCUUUGUUCAGUCACAGCACGUGGGGAUGUUGACCGGCUGGAAGUGAUGAGGCAAUUUGGUGCGUACCUUUCGUCGUGCGACUACGACUUCCGCACCCCACUGCACGUGGCAUCGUGCGAGGGCAACGCGCGCAUGGUGCGCUACCUGCUGCAGCAUGGCGCCAGCGUGCACAUGCGCGACCGCGACCACCACACACCGCUCAUGAGUGCUGUCCUCUGCGACCAGCAUGCCAUCAUCGAGCUGCUGGUGCAGGCAGGCGCCCACCUCAGCUUGCCGGCUUCACAGCUGGCUGACGAACUGUGCACAGCGGCCAGGAAUGGGAACGUGAAGCGGCUGGAGUCCUACAGGCUGGCUGGAGCCAGCUUCUAUGAGAGCGAUGUAACUGGACGCACAUGCCUUCAUGCUGCUUGUGAAGCUGGACAGGAAGCAGUUGUCAGGUUCUUGCUGGAAAACAAGAUUCGCCCCGAGACAAAGGACGUCUACAGCCACACUCCCGAAGAAGUCGCUCGAGUUCUCGGCCACGUGAAGCUGGUUCAGCUCUUUGAGAGCGUCAGACCGACGACAAACGGGACCCACUAGAUCGAUUUCCCUUGUUACAGCCAAUCCCUGCUGACACUUCACCAACGACCAUCUGUUGUACAAUCCUGGCGCUUUGGUAGCGCUUACUUCAGUAUACAGUGUAAAAGAUUUUAUUUUAGGCUAGCUUCCAGCGCUUACAUCCAGGUGACGCAUGAGGCAAUUUCAUCUUAAGCUGUGAUUUGGUAGCCUCUCUCAUGUGACCAGUGCAAAUUUUUGCGCUCUUGGAGAUGCGCUUGCACUUUAUACAAAGUAUUUUAUGACACUAUAUGGUACUUUGCAGUUAUGCCAAGGCUUCCAGUACUAGAGUGAAUUUAUGGCUUUAUAAGUGUUAAUAUAAUAAUAAGUGUUAACGCUGUUAAUAUUGUUAAGGUUUUAUGACUGUACAUGAAAUGUUGGAGGAACCGUUCUGUACUCGGACUCGCCUGAUUCAGUGGCAAUGUGUUGAAGAUGUAAAAGUGAUGUGGAAAUGACAGCUGGCAUGCUGCCAGGGUGCUUUGAUGCACGACAGUGUGUGACUGAGUGCUGCCUCGGUGAGUGUGUGAUAUAUACUGUAGCAGUAUACAAGUAUUAAGCACGCAUUACAUCCCUGUACAGAUUAUUCAAUACAGCCUCUAGCACUGAUCAUGCACCUAAAAAUGAAGCUUCAGUGUGAUCUCAAUGCCUCGCUUUGCCAAAAAUAUGUUUUUCUUGUGGAAGAGAUGAUAUUCCCAUUGUCAGAGGCGUAACGGGUCCCUCGCGAAACGUGGGCUGCCUCUGAUAUGGUGAACGUUGAGUGUCCUUUAAAGGGCGGUUGUUGUUGAAGUACCAACCUGAGAAGCUCUUCUCUUCAAUUAUUGCAGCCACGGGCGAAUGUGGCAUUAACAAACAUCAAACCACUACUGAAGGUUUACUUGGAAGAUGAACUGGGCUAGUGGGGUACAGCAGCAAAGAAUAAACAUACACUAGCAGCGAAACAUUAUGAAAGCACCAAUGUAAAUGCAGUUUGUUCUGAUGGGCGACGCAUUGUGUAAUGAACACGCUACAUGUGUAUUGCCAGACGUUAUUACCUUCUGGAAGCGUGUCAGUGAGGCAUUCAUUUUUCUGAAUGACGAGAGAUUCUUGCAAAGAGGAAAAGGGGUGAGGCAACUGUCUCAUUUAUGGUGGAAAGAAUUUGAUUACAUCACCGAUUGUAAUAAGUACCGAUUUUGCAAUUUAACAAUGGUGCUUUGACAUGUUUGUUUGUUCUACAAUUUGUUGUACCUAAGUGAUAAGUAGUCCAUGUACUAUUGGCCACGAGAUCGAGCAGAGUUGCCGCCUGGCAGGCAGUGGCUGAACCACGGAUAGUGUGGAUUGUGCUGCACUCCAUUAGGGUGCAGCACCCUACGUGUUUACAUGUGCACGUACGGCAUGCGUAUAUUUAAGACCGUUCCUUCCAUGGUUGUAGCAUGGCCGUAAAAGCUGGUCUUCAUUUUUGAUGAUGUACAGAAGCAUUUAGCCUUGUGCUGUCUGUCUUCAUUGCGCUGUAGUAUAAGAUUAGCGACUGCCCAUGUCAAGUGCGCAAUGUGUAACCAUCGCACCCUCCUUUCACAACAAUCAUACCAAUUCGAUUGUUGCUUUGUGUUUUGAGUAAACCACAGAAAGCAUUUCCCUCGUUUUAAAGAAAUCAAGUGGUUGCAGCGAUGCGUCACGAUGUGUUGAUUGCUGUGGAAUCUUUGUGACAUGAACUAGGUAACAUGAAUAUCACUCAGCAGUAGAAAAACACACACACACACACACACACAUAUAUAUAUAUAUAUAUUUACAUUUAGUUAGCAAGCACUCAUUAUCACAUCAUACAGUUUAUAUUACAAUAACUGCAUUAUGACAAUUGGAAUAAUUGCUUAACUCUCUCUUAGUGGUUACUUAAAGGCAUCCACCCAACCGUAGCAAUUGCUACAAAAGAAACCCAUACGGGUUCCUUGAACGAAAAGCCUUGCAGUUGAAGAAAAAUUUGUCCUUACGUGGCAGCCCGAGGUGUUCUUUUAAUGUGUGGUUCUGAUGCCAUGAUUUUGCCUUGCAAGUAAAUCAUGGGCUUUCGUGUUUUGAUUGGCUGCUACAAAAGGAAAGCUAAAAUAUGCUAUUAUUCAUGUGCGAGAGCAGGCUCUAGACGCCGAGUUGAAAGGCGGUUAAUAUUAUUCCUUUUAUUUCUUCAGUGUGAUGGUGUUAGCUGGACGGAAAACAGUGGCCAUUAUUAUCUGAAAUAAAACAACAUAAUGAUUUUGGCCUCUCAAAUAAUUAACUUUGCGCAUAACUAUGCAAGGACAGCUUUGUUCUUAAAUUAUGUGUUUUUAGUGUUAUGCACUAAACAUAUUCUUGUCUGAAGCAACCUGGCGUCACUGCUAAUGUGCUCUCACUCACCGUGGGCCAGCCCGUUUAAUUGAACUCAUUAACUGUCUGUGUUUUGCAGCAAAUUAAAAAAGAAACAGAGAUGUAUGCCUAAAAUUGGUGAUGUCAAGUGUGCAUUGUCUUUGCUACUUUAACUUUUGUACAGGGAUGCCGACUUCUUUAUGACCAGUGCAAGAUUAACAGAGAAUGCGGUUAUAAGUUGCACAGCAAUUUUAGCAAAGCAGGCAGAACGCCAGUGAACCAUGCACAAAGGAAGCGUGCUGAAAUGCACAGGCUGCUUGGCUGAGUGCCCAGUCCUCCGUUUUUCAAGUAAAUGGAAACUUUCGGCACAUUUCGUGCAAAAAUAUGGCAUUGGAGGGCAACCUAUAAUCAGUUCAUUGCAGUUAGCCUGUUUCAUUAUUAUAAAAUCGGGCCAAAUCGUUCACAGCAAAGCACUGCCGUGUACAUUCCAAUGCGUUCCACCUAUCUACACUAUCACAGUGACGGUGCCGCCACCUGUAGCUCGAUCUCGUGAGAAAUAUAUGCCAAUUUCUUAAUAGCCGUUCGCUUAUGAGUUGGCUGUUAUGUCUCUGUGCGCCUGUGUUUCUUUUAUCUUGGUGUUUCGUUUAGUACUACUUUGCCUCGUUAAUAAUGAAUUCAAGCUGAUCAACACAAGUUGCACUGAAGAUGAGAAACUCGUGUUUCAAAGGUAUUUCAGCUGUGCCAAAAAAUUAUCUUCCUUGAGAAGAAAGUAACCAGCUUGCCACGAUGUACUUUGGCAAAGGCCAGCUGCAUCAUGAAAGAGCCAGAGGCUGCACAACUACCGAGCCACAAUGGCCCAAAUAUGAAAAAAUAAUUUGAAAUCUGUGAUGUCACGCCGACCUACUGCACCAGGGUUAUGGUAAGAACUACCAAUUUUGACCUUCAUUUUCUUAUUAUCGACUUGUGAAAGAAUGAAAAUAAGAGUUUUAAAAGAAAUCUUUUCAAACUGAUUCAGUGUUUCGCUUUAGUGCCUGUGCCAUUGGUUGGUUGUACUAUAUUUUUUCUUACUUGGCCACCGGUUUUGUUGCGAAUUUGCACCUUAAGAUUACAGCCUAAAUGGUGUGCAGUCAGUGCAGAUUUCUAUUCAUGUUUUACGCUUAAUAGACAGUUUUAGCAGAGCAUCGCUUACGCUCCGCUCUGCUCAGAUUUCACGCUCCGAGAUACUCCAGGGAACUGCGUAGAUUUCGAGUUUGAUAAGCACGUCUUGCCGAGACGCGAGCGACGCGCUAUCAACUCGGCUGCAAAACGACAAAUAGCCCGAGUAGGCACGCUCUCACGCUCCGCUCAGUCGGCUUUGUAGCGGAGCGAGGGAUGCGGUCUUCGUUCCGCUGCCGGUAUGAGCGUUGUGCGGAAGCGCACUAGCGUACCUGCUAAGCGGUUGUGUGGCAUUUGCUAGCAUAUGCCGGUCUGAGCGGAGCAGACAGCAAGCGCUCAGCUAAAACACUCUAUUGUUGCAUAGUUACAUCUCCAGAGUUCUGCAAAGCAAGCACUAGUCUCAUCUACAGAGCUCUGGAGAUGGGAGGCCUUCGAGUGAGCUUUGAUCAGGCGAUUUUUGGGCUGUCAUCUUCCAACAAGGUGUGCCUCACGUUGUCAUUCCUCAAUGUUGGGUACCCGCCUGCCUUGAGGCAUUGUCAUACCGGGGUCAGACGGCCAAAUUUAGUGACACUCUGAGCGAGCGUCAUUUUGCACGCCGUGCUGCUAGACAAGAAAGGAAAGUGUCAUUUGAAAUUGAUGGCGGUGCCAAUUGGUAAAUGAGCCAGCCCAUUACAUACUUACUUUAGCCACUAUUUCCAAAAUAGCAUUGACACAAUCAGUUGUGACGAUUGAAGACAACAUAGCAUCCAAUACACAAGCAUCGGCACCUAAAAAACAACACUGAUUUCGUUGGCAGAGAAAAAGUAGCUAAUUUCGUAAGCAAGAUGCUUAUAAAAUUUUAAAUUAAAAAUUUUUAUAAUUAGCGCCGAAUAUUAUUUGAGUUUGAAGCACUGCCACUGAGGCUAUGCACUUUGAUGCAGCAAUGCGAGUUAAACCAUCUAGGCAAGUGCGAUGUCGCCAAACCUCUCCGUGUAAGAGACGAACGGCAAAGUGCACUCGCCCACAGUGACACUGAAUGGGCCCGUCUGACACACUAUUACUAAAUUUUCAGCAUUCAGAAAUACAGCAGACUCUUGCAGUUCCAACUCCCAAGUGCAAAUUAUUGUUUUGGACUGUCAGAAGUUUGAAUUAUCUGAUGUUCAAUAAAAUAUGUUUGAGAACAAGA